AGGCUCAUUCAGUUUCUCCUCAAACUUUCUUCCUGCAGCUUUUGCCAUCAUCCAGUCGGAUCCACGAGCGCACUAUGAUCAGGUUUUUCCUGCUGACCCUACUGGUCUGUCUCGGCCCGAGUGAUGGCCGGGUCACCAAGCGCGCUGCCAUCGGGUGUCCAGAGAGGUGCGACAAGUCCGAGUGUGCUCCGGUACCGGAUGAUUGUAUGUCCGGUGAGGUUCUGGACCGCUGCGACUGCUGUUCGGUCUGCGCGUCUGCUGAAGGGGAACCCUGUGGUGGUCCCGAAGACCAGGAGUGUGGGGAGGGACUGGACUGUAUGGUGACCACAGGGGUGGAAGCUUCGGCCACGGUCCGCAGAAGAAGCAGCGCAGGAGUGUGCGUGUGUAGCGGAACCGAGCCUGUAUGCGGGAGCGACGGAGUCUCUUACCGGAACAUCUGCGAAUUAAAGUUGGCCAGCAACAGAGGCAGUAAAGUUCUGAAGCCGCCGGUGAUUCUGAUCCAGAAAGGAGAGUGCGGGAAAGCCCAGCAGAAUCCUGAGAGUCUUCGCUACAAGUUCAACUUUAUCGCAGAUGUUGUGGAGAAAAUCGCUCCUGCUGUUGUCCACAUUGAACUUUUCCGCAAGAUGAUGUUCUCUAAGCGGGAGGUUGCGGUUGCUAGCGGUUCUGGCUUCGUGGUCUCAGAAGAUGGCCUGAUUGUGACAAAUGCUCAUGUGGUGGUGAACAAACAUCGUAUCAAGGUGGAGCUGAAGAGUGGAGCAACGUACGACGCCAAGGUCAAAGACGUGGACGAGAAGUCCGACAUUGCACUGAUCAAGAUCGAUACGACGACCAAGUUGCCGGUUCUGAUGCUUGGACGUUCAUCUGACCUUCGGCCCGGUGAGUUUGUUGUUGCCAUCGGAAGCCCAUUCUCCCUCCAGAACACAGUCACCACAGGCAUAGUCAGCACGACCCAGAGGGGUGGAAAGGAGCUGGGCCUCCGUAACUCUGAUAUGGACUACAUCCAGACUGAUGCCAUCAUCAACUAUGGAAAUUCUGGAGGACCGCUGGUCAACCUGGAUGGAGACGUCAUCGGCAUCAACACCCUGAAAGUGACUGCAGGAAUUUCUUUUGCAAUUCCAUCAGAUAAGAUACGGAAGUUUCUGGCUGAGUCAUAUGGGCGACAAGCUAAAGGUGAGACUUCGAUGAAAAGGAAAUACAUCGGCGUGAGGAUGAUGAGUCUGACUCCCUCGCUGGCAAAGGAGCUGAAGGAACGUCAGUCAGAUUUUCCCGAUGUCACCUCAGGAGCGUACGUGAUAGAGGUCAUCAGUCACACUCCAGCUGAAGUUGCUGGCCUGCGCGAGAGCGAUGUCAUCAUCAGCAUCAACGGCGAGAGAAUUACCUCAGCCAACGACGUAAGCACUGCCAUCAGAGCAGGAGAGCCGCUACAGACGGUGGUGAGACGAGGAAACGAGGAUGUGAUCCUGACCAUCACACCUGAGGAAAUCGACCCUUGACCUCUUGGUUAGCAAAUCAUGAACUGUUUAAACAUUUGUGUGGACAUCAGGGAACUUGACUAAACACACAUACACAUUUGUGGCUCGGUACCAGUUUGUAGAUUCAGUUUUUACGCGGGUAGUCUGUUAAUCUUGCCUUCAACACUUUUUUGUAAAGAUAUGUGCACUACAACUCAUGACUUUGCGUCACAUAUGUGUCGCUCACACCGACAGAUCCUGCUGUUUGUUCUGGCUUUCACUUUAAAAUAGAAAUUAAAUCCAUUUUCAAUUUGGAAAAUGAGGGGGAUUUUAUCCAGUUUCAAAAGAAUGUUUUUUUUUAAUGACUUUUUUUAUUUCUCUAGAUUUCAGUGUUCAUAUUUUCUUCUCAAGUUUAUUAAUACAAUGGGUUUUUUGUUUGGGAUUUUUGUUAAUACAGUCUCGUAAGUCCACGGGCAGCUUGUGGUGGUGGCUCCUCCUCUGCUGACUCAGCAAUUCCUCUGUAGUGAAGCGGACCUGAACAUCAGGUUCUGAUUAGUCCUAACUCUUUCCUGCUGACUGGUCGGGCAGCUCCACAAUGUUCUAUGAUUAAAAUGAAACUAAACACA